AUGGAGAUGGAGGUGAGGGCGGGGACAACCGAGGCUGGUGCCAUCGUUACCAUGGAGAUGGAGGGCUCUAAGGCUUUGGCCAUUACCACGACAGUGCUCUUUAACCCUGCUCUGGGUUUUUCCGUCACAUCGCAUUUGGGUCGAGAUGUCGGUGUGAAGGAGCUGGUGCAGGUGGAGGCGCGCAGCUACAUGAAGCACCUGGUGGAACAGGCCAACCUCAACUUCAUCGUGACGGGAAAAGUGAAGGAGACCGGGCAGAUCGUGACCGCCAUGAAAGUGGUGACUCUGCACAACCCCAAACUCACCGUGGAGGUGUCAGGUGUGGCUAAAGUGAGUGAGGACAUGUUGGCCACAGUGCAGUUCACAAACCCCUUCAGCUUCAACCUGGAGGAGAUCUACCUGCGCAUGGAGGGCCCCGGGGCCAUGCUGCCGCGCUUCAGAUUCUACAGUCUGCUGGCUCCGAACUCGUCCGUGGUCUGGACAGAGAAGUUCAAUCCGCAGAGAGCCGGUUCCACCAGGAUCAUCGCAAGUCUGGACUGCCCCGCGCUCAGGCAGGUCUACGGAGAGGCGUCCAUCACCGUGUUACCAUAG